CCGAGCCAUAACAAAAUACAAUCGGGCGGAUCAGACAGACGACGACAUCGAAAUCGGAACGUGGCUACAACAACCAGGAGUAGGACCUAGUAUUAGUCGCCCCCCCACACACAGCUAUGUUCAUCCAACUGGUGCUCCUCUGCCUCCUGCUGUGGGUCUCCUUCUUCUGGCUGCAGUGUCGCUACCUGGAUGUCCUGGAGUGCCUCUUCGCCUGGAUCGCCGAGCAGCUGGCGAUAACCCGCCGGAAGCGGGCCCGCGAUGAGCGCCUCCGCCUGGACAGGAAGUGGGUGGACUCCAAUGGCCCGAGGACUAGGGACACCAAGGACUCGACCGCCUCCGACUCGGAGAAGCAGGCCCGCGACAAAGGCGAUGGCGUGCAGAUGCUGCUCUCGCCGCCGAUCAAGAAUCGCCUGAACAUCCGCGUGGAGCAGUGCUGCGACCUGAUCGCCUCCGGUUUGGGCCUGGUCCUGGAGGACGAGGUGACCCAGCGGUUCGUGGCCGCCCCUGCUCCCGUCGGCGAGUGGAACCUGCUCACCCGCAACUUGCGGCACCGCAAGCGCCACCUCAACUGGCAACUGCGGCUGGUCUGGCUCCUCGGCUGGCUGACCCGCUACAUCCUGCUCCUGCCCCUGCGGACCGCCGCCUGCUGGCUCUGUCUGUUCAUGAUCAGCGGGACGACGGUGCUCCUUGGCCACCUGCCCGAGUGGCGCUUCAAGCGGCAGCUGGUGGAGCUGGUGCUGCGCCAGUGCUUCCGCAUCACGGCCGCCUGUCUGCCGAUGGUGCGACGCUUCCACAACAUCGAGCACCGACCCACCAAGGGCAUCUGUGUGUGCAACCACACCAGUCCGCUGGACGUCCUGGUGCUGAUGUGCGAUGGCAACUACUCGCUGACUGGGCAAGUGCACGACGGCAUCCUGGGUGUCCUGCAGCGGGCCCUGUCCCGCGUCUCGCCGCACAUGUGGUUCGAUCGCCGGGAGCUGGCGGAUCGUGAGGCUUUGGGGUUGGUCCUCCGGCUGCACUGCGCCGCCAAGGACCGACCGCCGGUGCUGCUCUUCCCCGAGGGCACCUGCAUCAACAACACCGCCGUGAUGCAGUUCAAGAAGGGCAGCUUCGCCGUCAGCGAUGUUGUCUGCCCGGUGGCCAUCCGGUAUGAUCGCCGCUUCGGGGAGGCCUACUGGGACAGCACCCGGUACUCGAUGCUCCGCUACAUGCUGAUGGUGGUCAGCUCGUGGUGCAUCUGCUGCGACGUCUGGUACAUGCCGCCCCUCAGUCGCCGCGGCGAUGAGUCGCCCGUGGAGUUCUCGAAUCGCGUGAAGGCCGCCAUCGCCGCCCAGGCGGACAUCGAUGAUCUGCCCUGGGAUGGCAAUCUGAAGCGCUGGAGUCCCGUGCGGGACUGGCAGUAGUAGGAGUAGCAAAAGUCCUGCAGACCACCUGAUGUCACUGCUCCACACCCUCCCCAGAUUAUCGUAUCCCAGCUUAUCCCACACUUUUCAUCGCUCCCGAGUAUCUUGUAGUUUUAUAAUAAUGUUAUGUUAAAUAAAUAGUUCAUAUAUUUUAGAGGGCAAAUCAGAGUUGCUGAAAAGUAUUGAAAGUAAUUCAGCUCGAAUAUGAACCACAAAUAAUAUUUUCAACUG